GUCCACGUGCCAUCCUCGCCAUGGCUCCUGGAGAGAAGAUCAAAGCCAAAAUCAAGAAGAACCUGCCCGUGAGGGGGCCGCAGGCGCCCACCAUUAAGGAGCUGAUGCGGUGGUACUGCCUGAAGACCAACACCCACGGCUGCCGCCGCAUCGUGGUGUCCCGCGGCCGCCUCCGCCGCCUGCUCUGGAUCGUGUUCACGCUGACCGCGGUGGCGCUGAUCUUCUGGCAGUGUGCCCUGCUCGUGCUCUCCUUCUACACCGUCUCUGUCUCCAUCAAAAUCCACUUCCAGAAGCUGGAUUUCCCUGCAGUCACCAUCUGCAACAUCAACCCUUACAAGUACAGCGCCGUGAAGCCCCUUCUAGCCGACUUGGAACAGGAGACCAGAGCGGCCUUGAAGACCCUGUACGGCUUCUCAGAGAUCGAGUCCCGGAAACGCCGGGAGGCCGAGCCCUGGAGUUCGGCGUGGGAGGGCCCCCAGCCCAAGUUCCUCCACCUGAUCCCACUGAUGGUCUUCAAUGAGGGUGAGACCAGCAAGGCCACAGACUUCCUCACGGGGCAGAAGCGUAAAGUCAGUGGGAGCAUCAUUCAUAAGGCAGCGGACGUCAUGCAUGUCCAAGAGUCCAAGGAGGUGGUGGGAUUCCAGCUGUGUUCGAACGGCACGUCCCACUGUGCUGUGUACACCUUCAGCUCGGGAGUCAAUGCCAUCCAGGAGUGGUACAAGCUGCACUACAUGAACAUCAUGGCGCAGGUGCCUCUGGAGAAGAAGAUCAACAUGAGCUACUCUGCCGAGGAGCUGCUGGUCACCUGCUUCUUUGACGGGGUGUCCUGUGAUGCCAGGAACUUCACACUUUUCCACCACCCAAUGUAUGGGAAUUGCUACACGUUCAACGAUAAGGAAAAUGAGAUCCACAGCACCUCCAUGGGGGGCAGUGAGUACGGGCUGCAGGUCAUCUUGUACAUAAACGAAGAGGAAUAUAACCCCUUCCUGGUGUCCUCCACCGGGGCUAAGGUGAUUGUCCACCGGCAGGAUGAAUACCCCUUCAUCGAGGACGUGGGCACGGAGAUUGAGACGGCGAUGGCCACUUCCAUAGGGAUGCAUCUGACGGAGUCCUUCAAGCUGGGCGAGCCGUACAGCCAGUGCACGGAGGAUGGCAGCGACGUGCCCAUCGAAAACAUCUACAAUGCUGCCUACUCGCUCCAGAUCUGCCUCCACUCGUGCUUCCAGACUAAGAUGGUGGAGAGGUGUGGGUGUGCCCAGUACAGCCAGCCCCUGCCUCCUGCAGCCAACUACUGCAACUACCAGCAGCACCCCAACUGGAUGUACUGCUACUAUGAACUGCACCAGGCCUUUGUCCACGAAAAGCUGGGCUGCCAGUCCGUAUGCCGGGAAGCCUGCAGCUUCAAGGAGUGGACACUGACCACCAGCCUGGCGCAAUGGCCGUCUGUGGUUUCUGAGAAAUGGUUGUUGCGCGUUCUCACUUGGGACCAAGGCCAACAAAUAAAGAAAAAGCUGAACAAGACAGACUUGGCCAAACUCUUGAUAUUCUACAAAGACCUGAACCAGAGAUCCAUCAUGGAAAGCCCUGCCAACAGUGUGGAGAUGCUUCUGUCCAACUUCGGUGGCCAGCUGGGCCUGUGGAUGAGCUGCUCCAUAGUCUGCAUCAUUGAGAUUAUCGAGGUCUUCUUCAUCGACUCUCUCUCCAUCAUUGCCCGCCAACAGUGGCAGAGAGCCAAGAAGUGGUGGUCCCAGAGGCAGGCACCCGCCUGCCCUGAGGCUCCCCCCAGCCUUCAGGGCCAGGACAACCCGGUCCUGGAUAUAGACGAUGACCUGCCCACUUUCACCUCUGCGUUGCGCUUGCCUCCAGCCCCAGAGGCUCAGGUGCCUGGCACACCACCUCCCAGAUACAACACCUUGCGCUUGGAGAGGGCCUUCUCCGACCAACUCACUGACACCCAGGUGCCAGCUGAGUCCUGAGGCCGAGCGAGGAAGAGAGACCUAGCCAGGACCGCCAGCCGUGGUCUGAGAACUUGGUCCCCAUCUCCUGCACACAGAGGGCCCUCUGCACCCACUCAGGGCUUUUCAGAGACUUUGACUGGAAGUCUGCCUUGAAUAACAAGAUGGGGCCUGGGCGUGUGCAGGGAGCUGUGGGCCUGCCCAGCAGCACACAGAGCCAUCCCGCUGAGACAGGCCCUGCAGCGCAAACCCUCCGCACGCACGGGUGCCCCCGCGGGGGACGGGGCCCAGGAAGUCGUGCCUGGCAGAGUUCUUUGCCAGAACUUGAGAAACACUCCCCAGCUUCCAGCCAGGUGGGGGCCCCAGGAUGUGAGCUUAGGUCUGGGUGCCUGACGAUGCCAGCUGUGCCCACAACAGGGGGAAGCUCCAGCGGCACUUGGAGCUGUUUGUGAAUGAACUGUUUUAGUCACUGACAUGGGGGCAAUGGCUCCUGAGCCUCAGGCAGGGUCCUAGAGUGUGUAGGAGGGAGAGGGUGCAGGGGGAGGCCUGGGGAUGUGAGAGGAGGCCUCUGGGAGCCGGGCGGGGGGGCAUGCUCUGGGCAGCUAAGCCAGUGCCCCGGGCCUCUUUCCCAAGCAGAGAGGAGCCAGUUAAAGGGCACUGCUGGACAUGCCUGUCCAGUGGUAGCCCGAGGCAUAAAGGGUUGUAUCCUGAUAGACUGCGCCUCCUCCAGGCAGACCCCGCACACUCCCUCCCACAGCCACACCCUCAACAUGACACAGCUCAUGUAUUAAGCACAGAGUGGGUCGAUAUCAGCACAAGAACAGUGUGCUGGGGCUGUUCUCGCUCUCAAAGAGUUCAGUGUCGGGCUGCAAACUGUGACCCUCAGGCCAAACCCUGGUUUUGCCUGUGACCUAAGAUUGGGUGUUUUAUCCUCCACUUCUCUUAAAAAAUAUCAAAAGAAGAAUAUUUUGUGAUUCAUGCAAAUCCUACGAGCUUCUGAUUCCAGUCCAUGAAUAAAAUGUCAUUGGAACACAGCCAGGCCUCUUCGCUUACAGACUGUCCGCAGCUGUGUCUGUGCUAAAAGCACAGCUGAGUGCAGUCACAGCGCUGAGGGCUCCCUGGCCCUGGACAGGAAACAUCUCCCGGCCCUGGGUUAGCACAUAAGGUAAGUAUGACGAUCCCAUUUUAUGGAUGAAGAAACAGAGGCAUAGAAAGGCUAUUACUCAAGGUGACACAGCCGGAAGUUGCAGAGCUGGGGCUAACUCCAGAGCCUGCCAUGUGAUCACAUUCAUCAUUUUGCAUCCAAUCAGUGUCUGUGCCUUUUGAGGGUGAGGCUCGAGUCAGUUCCGGUGGGAGGAGGGGAAGGCUGGACAAGGCGCUAUGGGGCAGAAGGAACUCCUGCAGCCACAGCCUGCAUGUCAGGACUGCUUCCCAGGCAAGGUUGACGCUAAUGGAGGCAGGAGUGUUAGUGAAAGAGCAGGGGCUGUGGGACACCUGGUCCAACCUGAUCCCAGGCCUGUGGCGGCUACAGCCAUCCUGUUCCAUGCGGUGGUUCACUGGACCUCUGGGGGGGGGGGGCGCGGCAAGGAGGCCUGGCAGCCCGUGGGGAAGAGGUCACGGUGACCCCAGGCUGUCUGAAGCGCCUUGAGGAGUGGGCUCAGAAGCCAGGGCUGAUGCAGGCGAGCGUCAGGUUACAGAGGGCGCCAGCCUGGCUGCCAUCCAUGCCAGGCUGGGUGGCUGCAGCCAGUGCAGACCAGGAACUUGCCGCGGAUGCCUGCCUGGACACUGCCCGGAGGGAGCUUCCUCCUUCUCCCCACCGCACAGUCACGGCAUCAGCAUGAUGCCACCGGUAGGAAUGUUGCCAGCGAGGAGGGGUUGCUGCUGGCUCUGUCCAAGGUGAGGCCAUGGGCACCUGGAGCCAGCAGCUGCCAUUUGUCCCCCAGGACACGUGCAAUCAGACCCCUGCUCCAGCCACUCCUUCCUGCCUGGCCUGAGCUCGGGCUUAUGCUCCUGCGAGACCAAGUGCGGCCGCUCCCCCUCUGGUACACAUGCCACCACCGCUGUAACGUCCCCACUCACCUCUGCUGCCCCGGGGAGCUGGCGCCCCUCCAUUACAGCGUUUCCACCCCCUGAUAGAUUCUGUGUCCCUUUGUCUGUCCUGCACUAAAUGGUGGACUCUUGGAGAGCAGGAAUGGUCUUCCCUCUUCGUCCCCAGACUGGGGCAGGACUGAGAAGGUGAUGGCAUUUAGGGACAGUUUAUGGAGCUAAUAAAAAUAACAAUGGCUGA